UGAUUAGGCAAGAAAUGGGUCCCAAAAUUAAGACCCCAUCAUGCCAUGUUUACUUGAGGCUGCAAUCAGAACCUCACAGAUCUGUUGAAAUGCCCACUUCAAUCUUCUACCUAAAUAACAGCCAAUAUAUAUUUUGCUUUUAAAACCCACAACUUCUGUGCCAAAACACUCUCAUCACUGAUAUGGAGCCGCUCUUAUUUCUGUUGUUUGCUCUCUUUCUUGCAGGGUCUUCUUCAGUUAGAUUAAAUCCAGAAGCUGAACGGUCUAAGCAACAAGCUUUUCGCCUGCCUCUGUAUCAUAUCCAUGGCCAGGGCCCUGAUUCUGCUCAGCCUGAGGAGACUCCCUUGCCUUUCUCAGAAGCCCUUGCCCUCGAUAUCGCCCGAGUUAAGUUUCUGCAUUCCAGGCUUAAUGGCACCGUCACAAGCCUGGCAGGAUCCAGUGGCCUGAUCAAUGGAAAGUCUGUGAAGGUCCCGUUGAAUCCAGGACAGUCUAUUGGUAUAGCUAAUUACUAUACCAAAAUAGGCCUGGGGACUCCCCCAACUUACCAUCUGGUGGUUGUGGACACCGGCAGCUCCUUCCCCUGGAUUCAGUGCGAGCCCUGUAGGGUCUACUGCCACCCACAGGUUGGCAGCCAUUUCAACCCCUCAGCCUCCAACACUUACCGGCGACUGCCCUGUAGAACCAGCCAGUGCUCAUCGCUCAAGGUAGCCACACUCAACAGUCCCAUGUGCACAGUUUCGAAUGUGUGCAUAUACACAGCAUCCUACGGGGAUCAAUCCUUCUCUGUCGGAUACCUAAGCAAAGACUCUCUGACCUUCGGAUCUGAGUCACUUCCAGAUUUUGUGUUUGGCUGCGGACAAGACAACAUGGGCCUGUUUGGAAGAUCAGCCGGACUAAUCGGCCUGGCUAAGAAUGAACUUUCCAUGGUGUCCCAGCUCUCUGCCAGGUACGGCAAAGCCUUCUCUUACUGUCUCCCAUCUUCGGCGCCAUUAGGGAAACCAGGCAGCGGAGGCUUCCUAUCAAUUGGGAGCGUAAAUUCAGGCGCAAGAUCCACUCCGAUGUUGUCCGACCCUCGCGAUCCCACUUUAUACUUCCUGAAGCUAACAGCCAUAUCAGUGUCGGGCAGGCCGUUGCCUCUGGCAGCAUCGGCGUACAGUGUCCCUACCAUCAUAGACUCGGGCACCACAAUAUCGCGCCUGGCAGCGCCAGUUUACGACGCUCUGAGAAAAGAGCUUGUCAGGAUCAUAUCCUCCAAGUUUCAGGUAGCCGAAGCCUUCUCCAUCCUCGACGCCUGUUUCAAAGGUGGCGCUGGACAGAUAGCCACUGCAGUGCCACCAGUUAAUCUCAUCUUUCAGGGAGGAGCAGAACUCACCCUGGCGCCGGAGAAUGUGAUCAUAGAAGUCGUCAAGGGGACAACAUGCCUGUCCUUCGCAGCUACCACGAGGGAGAACGCCAUUAUCGGCAACCAGCAGCAGCAGACGUUUGAGAUUAUCUACGACAUUACCAAUUCGAAAAUCGGGUUCUCCCCCAGAGGCUGUAGCUAAGGUCUGCUUGGCGUCUCUCAACGGUGGUUCUGAACUAUGAUUAAACUUGGAUGGAGGGUUAUUGAUCAGAAGAUAAAUAAAUUUGAUGCCUCAACUGUAGAGAUACAUCUAUAUGUACACACCUACACCUGAUUUAUGUGUAUAUAUAAAUAUUACAUAUGUUGGAAUUGUGUUUUAGGCGAGGAGAGCCUUGCUAAGGUGGGGUUGAGGAACCACUGUGGAUUUGUAAAGAUCUAAAUGCCAUUGAGCAAAUUCGAAUCUUGAAUUAUAGUUUCUGUA